CAAAAGGGGCUGGGUUGGUCCCCGCCUGUGUGAACGAAAAAAUAUGUCAGAUUGGAAAAUUGCGGUAAAAACCAGGCAGAGCACGUACGUUGCCCCAACAGGAAGUGUCCGCCAUGAUGCCUGUGCCCGGAAGUAGGUAGGAACACACAGUCAGAGGGACCCAAAAGCAGGGGGGAAGGAAAAAGAGAUGCACACUUCCCCUAGAGAAGCCUCCGAGCGCGGCCGCCAUUCCGGGCCUCAAGCCCAUAAAGAAAAAAUACCGGAGAGGUUCUGGCACCAUUUCGGGGUGCCAAAGCAGCCAUGGAAGAGCCUGCAGCUCCCUCAGAAGCCCACGAGGCAGCCGGGGCCCAGGCAGGUGCUGAGGCAGCAAGGGAGGGUGUGUCUGGGCCGGACCUUCCCGUCUGUGAGCCCUCCGGGGAAUCUGCUGCUCCAGAUUCAGCCCUGCCACAUGCGGCAAGGGGCUGGGCCCCCUUCCCUGUAGCUCCAGUCCCUGCCCACCUCCGCAGAGGAGGCCUGAGGCCUGCCCCAGCCUCAGGAGGAGGAGCCUGGCCCAGUCCGUUGCCGAGCCGAAGCAGCGGCAUUUGGACAAAGCAGAUCAUCUGCAGGUAUUAUAUACAUGGGCAGUGCAAGGAGGGGGAGAACUGUCGCUAUUCGCACGACCUUUCUGGUCGGAAGAUGGCCACUGAGGGCGGCGUUUUGCCGCCUGGGGCCUCUGCAGGUGGAGGCCCUAGCACGGCUGCGCACAUCGAGCCCCCGACUCAGGAAGUGGCGGAAGCCCCCCCGGCUGCAUCCUCCCUUUCCUUGCCUGUGAUUGGCUCGGCUGCUGAAAGGGGUUUCUUUGAAGCGGAGAGAGACAAUGCAGACCGUGGAGCUGCUGGAGGAGCAGGUGUAGAAAGCUGGGCGGAUGCCAUUGAGUUUGUUCCAGGGCAGCCCUACCGGGGCCGCUGGGUUGCAUCUGCCCCCGAGGCUCCUCUACAGAGCUCAGAGACUGAGAGGAAGCAGAUGGCUGUGGGCAGUGGGUUGCGGUUUUGCUAUUAUGCUUCCAGGGGAGUUUGCUUUCGUGGGGAGAGCUGUAUGUACCUCCAUGGAGACAUAUGCGACAUGUGUGGGCUGCAGACCUUGCACCCCAUGGAUGCUGCCCAGAGGGAAGAACAUAUGAGGGCCUGCAUUGAAGCACACGAGAAAGAUAUGGAACUCUCGUUUGCUGUGCAGCGUGGUAUGGACAAGGUGUGUGGCAUCUGCAUGGAGGUUGUCUAUGAGAAGGCCAACCCCAAUGACCGCCGCUUUGGCAUUCUUUCCAAUUGCAACCAUUCCUUCUGUAUUAGGUGUAUCCGCAGGUGGAGAAGUGCCAGACAGUUUGAGAACAGGAUCGUCAAGUCUUGCCCACAGUGCAGGGUCACCUCCGAAUUGGUCAUUCCCAGUGAGUUCUGGGUGGAGGAGGAGGAAGAGAAGCAGAAACUUAUUCAGCAAUACAAGGAGGCAAUGAGCAACAAGGCCUGCAGGUUCACAGCUGUAAAGAACUUGCCUGGAGUCUCAGAUGAGACUUUGGACUUUGGACUUUUGAGUUGAUGCUGGACCAAGUUAAGACUUUGUUGAUAGGAUGAUUUUAUCUGGCAAUGUGAGAAGAACCUGAGUUUUAGGGGGUCGGGGCAGAAUGCCAUGGUUUGGAUAUGGUAUCUUUGGCCCCACCGAGUCUCAUAUUGUAAUUUGAUAACCAGUGUUGGAGGUGGGGCUUGGUGGGAGGUGUUGGGAAUAUUGGGGUGCAUCCCUCAUGAAUGGCUUGGUGCCAUUCUUGCAGAGAUGAGUGAGUUCUUACUCUUGAGUUCUCUAGAGAACUGGUUGUUAAAAGACCUUGGCAUUUCCUCCUCUUCUCUCUGGGUUUCUCUCUUGCCAUGUGAUGCCUACUCCCCUUCCCUUUCUGGCAUGGGUGGAAGUUGCCUGAAGUUCUCACCAGAAGCAGGUGUUGGUGCCAUGCUUCUUGUACAGUCUCCAGAACCAUAAGCCAAAGAAACCUGUAUUUUAAAUAAAUUACCCAUCCUCAGGCAUUUCUUUAUAGCAACACAAACAGACUGAGAGGCACUAUUUCAUAAAAUAAAGGUGCACCUAUAUAACUUAUGAAUGGUAUAUAACAUGGUAUCAAAAUAUUGCCAGUUCUAGUUCAUUUUGUGCUGCUAUAACAAAAUACACAUGCUCCUUGACUUAUGAUGGGGCUGUGUCCCAAUAAACUCAUCAUAAGUAGAAAAUAUCAUAGUUGAAAAUGCAUUUAAUGUCCCUAUAAACCCAUUAUAAAGACAAAAAAAUCAUAAGUCAAACCAUUGUUAAGUCCAGAUGCUCAUUGAUUUACAUUGGGGUUAUGUCCUGAUACACCCAUCAUAAAGUUGAGUAAUCAUAAGUUGAACCGUCAUAAACUGGGGCCCCUCUGUGCCUGAGACUGGGUAGUUUACAAUGAACAGAAGUUUAUUGGCUUAUUGUUAUGGAGGCUGGGAAAUCUAAGAUUGAGGGGCCAAUAUCUGGUGAAGGCCUUCUUGUUGCACCAUCCUGUGGCAAAAGGGCAAUGAGAGUGAAGAGAGCAAUAGCCUGAACUCAAAACUUCAAGCCCUUUUAUAAUUGGUAUUAAUCCAUUCAUGAGGGUAGAGCUCUCAUUACCUCAACAUUUCCCAUUAGGCCUUACCUUCCAACACUGUUACAUUGGGGAUUAAGUUUCCAACACAUGCUCUUGGGGGGACACAUUCAAACCAUAGUACCAACAUAGUAUAAUACAAAAAUAACUAGAGAUCUAUCUCAUUUAUAAAUAUUGAUGCAAAAAAUAUGAAAUGAAAUAUUAGAAAGUGAAAGAAUAGCACUGUUAAAAAAUAAGACUUCAGGAAGUAGUGGAUUAUAUUCCAGGAAAACAAAGAUGGUACAAUAUGAAAAAAUAUUUUUUCUUAAUAUAUCAAAGGAAAUAAUCAUAUAAGCAACUUCAUAUAUCUCCCAAAUUUGUGAUCAAUUUGCUUUAGUGUAUAUAAUACAGCUAUUUAGGGCAUAAAUAUAUUUAUAUGUGUAUAUUACCCAAAUCUAAAUUUUUGAGAAAUGAACACACAAAAACACAUAACUAAUGAAAAGAAAUAAAAAAUAUAGAAAGAUUAAAAUAUUAAAUAUAAAGGCUGAGACUUUGAAAACAAUUAAUAAAAUAGAUAAACCACUAACUAAAUUAAUGAGGAAAAUGAGAAAAAAUAAAAACAAAAUCACAUACACACAUUCAAUAGGAGGAAUUCACAACAGAUAUUCUAUUAAACAAACAUAAGAAAUCACUCAACCAGAUGAAGAUUGAUUGCAAAACUGAAAUUGAUGAUUUUCCAGACAUUUAUAAUUUAUCAAACAUUGGCUACAAAACAUGACAAUGUAACCUACUAGUUAACAUAAAAUUAAUAAAAUGGUUAUCACAAUUUUAAUAGGGAUUGUCAUAAAACGUUUAAAGAACAAAUCAUUAAAGUGCUAUGUAACACAAUCCAGAAGUUUAAAAUGGAAGGAAGGGUCACUGACUUGUUUAAUUAUGAAUGACACGUAAUUUUAUAUCAGAGUGUAACUAAGGUAGUGAACACACACACACAUUCACAAAUACAUGCAAACUAAUGAUCAAGUUUAUGAAUAAUGAUGCAAAAUUUUAAGAAAAUAUUAGAAUAAAAAUAUUUCAGCAUUGUAUUUAUUUAAUUAGCCAAAAAAAGGUAAUCAUAUAAUCAUCUCUUUUGAUCAGGCAAAAACAAUUAGAUUUUUCUCUCCUUUCUUCACUGUUAUUAUUUUGAUGUAUCAAUCAAUGCAAUUGUAUACAAGGCCAAAAAAUGAGACAUAUAAAUGAUACAUCCUUCAAAGAAGGAUUUAAAUUCCUCUCUCUGAGAUGUUGUAUGUUGAAAAUCUGAAAAUUUCUGUAAAACUUUAAAAAAUAAAAAUCAGUAAAAUUCUAGGAGAAAAAUAAUAAAUGUGGAUAAGUUUCGUAUAAUAUAGAAAAUGUAAUGAAAUGCCUAUUUUUGUUAUCACAAUAAUUUAAAGUACACAAGAACCAUGUACUUUAAAUUUAGGAAUAAAUAAAAACUGGGAAUAAAUUUAAAAAUGUGUUAAGUGCCUUCAGGAAACCAUAAAUACUUAAAUGAUAAUAUAUACUAUAUAAUUUGAUAGGGAACUUUAACAUCACCAAUGUGUCAAUUUUUUAAUGAAUUUACCAAAUUUCUAAUAAAGUAAUGCUUAGGGAAAAGUCUUAAACUGUGUCCUUCCUGUGCUCUCAAUCACAACAAUCAUCAAUGCAGAAAAUGUCAGUGGCUAAAUGUGGGGGCAUUUCACACACACCAAGCAGCAGACACAAGCUGGGCAUCCUCCAAUUUAAUUCCAAGGCUAUCUACCUGGAGAUAGUGUCAGAUCCCGCAGGUGAGGGGCCGGCCUCAAGACUCCCCCCACUCCCUAGACACCAGUCACAAAGUCCAGGCCUCUGGAACUUCUGACCAGUGGGCUUCAAGUUGGCAUUCCCACGACCCACUCUUUGGAUUUGAUUAAUUUGCUGGAGCAGCUCACAGAACUCAGUGAAACACUUAUGUUUACUGAUUUAUUAUAAAGGAUAUUACAAAGGAUGCAGAUGAAGAGAUGCAUUUGAGGAAGCUAUGGGGGAAUGGGGUGGAGCUCCCAUGCCCUCCUGGAGUGCCACCCUCCAGGAACCUCCUGGUGUUCAGCUAUCCAGAAGCCUUUGAGCCCAGUGCUCUGGGGUUUUUAUGGAAGCUUCAUGACAUCAGCAUUCCUUCCCCCAAGGUAUGGGGGGUAUGACCCUUUAUCAGAUGAGGAUCUUAUGAUCCACAUCAGAAAGGUUGGGGGAGAUUGGAAUCCUCCUGCCUUGAGGUGGGUGAAAGGAGGUCAGGAGAAGGUCAGAGAGAUUCUGUUUCCUAAGGCCUGCUCCUGAAGCCUAACACACGCAGUAUUUUUUUAAAAAGACUGUAACAAGGGCUAUGGGAGUUAUGAGCCAAGAACCGUAAAUGAAAACGUGUGUGUGUGUUUGUGUGUGUGUGUGUGUAUCUCAUAACAACACAAGUACAAACUAGUUGUUUAUAACUAAACAAAAAACUAUUGUGAAAGUUGAUCUGUUGGGGGGGGUGGCAGGAAGCCAACAGGACCAGAAUAUUUUAGAAUUGAAAAGCAUCCAUUCAAUGAACUUUACCAGGUCUUCAAACAGUGUCAUAUUGCCAGCAAAAUGAAAAGCAGAUAGUGGGACUUGAAUUGAUAAAAAAUAUAUGCUAAAAAGGUUCAUAAAUGGACAUAUGUAUUGAGUUGAUAAAGAUAAAAAUAACAGGAUUAUUUAAUAAAGGUUGUUGGGUGAAUUCAGGAGUCAUGGGCUCCAAAUAUCAUAUUUUAACAGCAGUAUAAAUUCCACUUACAUCAAAAUUUCAGACAAAUACAAAACCAGGAAAGGAUUUUCUUUUUAUUUUAAAGUCUUGGAGUCAAGAAUGUCUUACAAUGACAUAUUCUAUAAAACUCUUAAAAGUUUGACCAUAAUUGUAGCAAUAACUGCAUAGGGUCUACUGUGUGCCAGGCUCUGUUCUGAGAUGGUUUAUCCCAUUUAAUCCUUCCAACCAUCCCGAGAGGUAGUCACUAUUAACCCCUUGUAGCAGCUGAGAGCACUGAAGCUGAGGGAGGCUCAUAGACAUGUCCAUGGCACACAGUUAAUAGACUUGCCCAUCUGACUGCAGGGCGGGACUCACACCAAUUGCUCUGCCUUACAAAUGUAACCAGUUUAAAAUGAGCUAAUGAAUUUGACAUGAGCAACUUCCCCACCCCUAAAAAAGUAUCAAACUAUAAAAAAAGUCAUAAAAUGGGUUGAGAAUUUAUUUCUAUAAUAUAUAAAGGCUUCUUAAUCAACAAAAACCUUAACAAAAAGUAUACCUCUUGCACAUAAACAAAAUGCAUAUAGUUUGAAGGAGGGGAAAAGUUGUCAAGCAUCACUAAUAAUACUUAUUAAAACUGAUGAAGUUUCAGUUUCCUCUCAAUUUGUCAAAAACCCAGAUGUUUAAAAACACACUCUGUUGGGAGAAUAGGCAUACAUUGCUUGCAGGAGUAUAAUUGGUACAAUUUCCAUGGAGGAACAUUCGAUGAGAAUCAAAUCAUGAAUUCACAUAUGCAUACACAUUGACCAAGCCAUUCUAUUUUUUAAAAAUGUGACUUGCAGGUUUAUUCUAUACAUACAAAAUCUUUCAGGUACAAGUUUGCUAAUCUCAGCCUGCAUUAUAACAGGUGCAGUGGCUCACAUCUAUAAUUGCAACACUUUGGGAGGCUGAGGCA